UUUAUUGAUUUCACAUUAAUUACAAAUUCAUUGACGAUAUAUAUGCAAUUUGAAUGUCAAGGAACUGACGCUCAUAUACAUCUGACUUCCUGAAAUCUAAGGUGAUGGUUAAAUUCCUUCCAGUUGAUAUGACAUUUUCGAAUUUUUUAUCGCCAAGUCUGCAAAAAUAUAAUAAAUUAUGACAUACAUACAGAUGUCUCAAAUUAUUUUAUUUUCAGCUCUAACUUUCAACUCACUUGUGCAGACGUUUCGAUUCAUUUACUUGAUUGCCAUCAUAGAUGUUCACAUUUAAAGCGUCAUCGACAAAAAAAUUUUUAGAUUUGUAUGAGAAUCCUUCAAAAGCUGUGAAAAUGUAGAGCAAUUCAUUGAUAUAAACGCGCUCACCCGGUCCUGCAUAAAUGAUCCAAGAGCAAUUAACUGGCAAAUUGUCCACUAUAUGUAAACUUAGAAUACGUGUGUGAUUUGAUAAGAUAUGCUGUUUGCCUGAAACCAUAUCAUUGUAAUGAAUAUAGAUAACAUUUGCAAUAGCAAAAAAUGUCGCUGUGUUUACUUACAAUCCAGAUCAGGACGUAAUAUAUAGGUGUCAUCUCUGCCUCGAGUCGAACCAACAGGAUAGCUGCAAUCAUUUUUAUUAAUUUUAUAGUAAUUAGUCAUUGGUAAAUACCAAAACGUUCUUUAUUAAGCUGUUAACUUUACCCUUUAUCUUCCCAUUUAACAUUAAAUCCGUACGACCUUUAAUAAUACAUAAUGCGUUGUUUAUUAUUAUUAUCAAUUAAUUAAUUUAAAAUUAAUGUUUGUUUUUAUCACUACUCACUUUUUGCUGAACGAUAGGCAUAAUAGAAUCAUACAAAGUAAUUUCGAACACAUUUUGAAGACCUAUGGUCAGCUUAUAGCAUGUAGACUGCUAUUGCGCUGUCUUCUUUGUAAUCGCUUUCCACACUGGAUCGAAACAGUAGGAAACUAUAUUUAUAUGAGCGGUUUAUCAUUUUUCAAUUUUAUCAAUUAACCUCGUUUCGUAAGAAUCGUGGUUUUUCCUAGUACAACACUGUAUUACAUAUAAAUUUAUAAAAGUCAGAUUUUAUUUAAAAUACAUGGUUAAUUUUUGAAUAUUGUUUAUAAGUAAACCAAAGAAAAAAUUUAUUUAUUCCGAUUGUCAAUUUAUUCCAUUUUAACGGGCCACCUACUAUGGCAGAAGAAUAUUCAGUGAACAGCAUCAUAAAGUUUCUAAUAUUAUUUAAAAUAAGGGUGACCGAUACGAAGCUGCCCUGCAGCUGAGAGGCAGUUGGCAACUUUAGGAAUAUUAAUUAUUUCUUCCCGCCUUUUUCUCUGAGCGCGUGGCGAGAUUUUUAAAUUUGCAUGAAAAUGCAUCGAGUCUAGGUCGGAUUUCGUCUUACUUUUUCUCUGGAAUUGGUUUUGAGCUUGAAUAAGAAGCUUUUCUCUCAUUUUAUGGAGCUGCGAAGUGUGAAUUUGUGCUGAAGUAGUGAGUCGUUAAAUGGUUUUUAACGUAGGAAAAUUUUAAAGCCAUUCGAAUGUCGUGAUGGUUCUUAGAAUCGGUAGUUUCAAUCUUAAAAUAGCUAGCAUCGGAAAAUUGAAAGAAAAAAAAAUAAUCAUCACUAUAGUAGCGCACUUACAUCCUACCGAAAGUCCACGUCUAUGCAGUAAGAGACCAUUUCACCGUGGUUUGUUGCGCAGCUUCGUCCGCUGGGAGACACUCGGAGAGGAAGAAAAAGCGAUUAUACGAGUUGUGUUCUGCGAGAAUUUGCGGCUCCACACGCAAGCUUUUAGCACCGAUCAACGGUCACAGCAUAGCUGUGGCAUAACUUUGCGUACAGGCACGCGUGGAUUUUCCGAGGGGGGAUCUCCCGUGGUCGCACAGACAAAUUUACGGCCAGGUCUGGGUGAAUGUCCGCCUGAUUGUGCGAUGGCUGUUUUGGCCUAUAGCUGGAUUAUGCAUUUUUCGCGAGGAUUGUGCUCCUGGCCUGUUGAUGGGUAUUUAUGGCGGCUGUAACUUUACUUGGAUAAAGAUGUAAGAAAUGCGAGCUGGGCGUAUUCUCAAGUUGUGAAUUUAUCGGUAUAGAUGGAAGCUUUAUAUUUGUAGUGCAUAAAUUAUAAUAUUGCUAUACCGUUUUAAUACCACAUUAGUACUGAUUCAAUGCUUGAUUCAAAGUAAUCAUCGAAAAACUUCAGCUCGUCCCAGCUAGAAAAUUUCGCUGAUCCGUAGCUCGCGUGAACCAUCGAGGAUUUCAGAAAAGUGAAAAACGUGACAAAAAAAAAUGCGAAAGAAAGGCCGGCGCUGUAGCGAGGCAACGUUCUUACCGAUCGAGUGCCACCGCUGAAGAGGGCGCUAGCGUCGUGUCGGCCAAAGAGACUGAGCAAGAGAGAAGCAAGAGAGCUGGUUGGGUAGGGUGGCCAUGGGGGUGGGGCGAUGUUCUCCGAGCUGUGCAGGGAGACCCUGCGUAAGGCCGCGGUGUGCUACAGUAGCGGCCGCUCGUCUGCCAGCCCCUCGCCCUCGCCGCCUUCCUCGCCGCCGCCCUCGCCCUCCAAGGAGCCGGCCACCUCCUCGCGCUCUCACCACCACCACCAUCACCACCACCAACCGCACCACCAACAACACCACCACCAUCAUCACCACUCGUCCGAGGCCACCAUCGAGACCCGAGAUGUCGGAUGCUCCAGUCGAGCCCAGUCCGCGGGAGAUCACCAUCAACAGGACGCCGCUGGCGGCAGCCACUUCUCCAGGAGGUCGACCAGUCCUCCUGAGAUUCGGGAGAAACGCGCGGCGACGCCGACGAACGUCAGCAGCGGUCGGCGCACCAGCGGCCUCGAGUCGAGGGACGGACGUAGGGCGCCUUACGCUGUCACCGUCGACUACUCGUCGUCCUCGGCUAGGGAGUCUUCUUCUCAGCAGCAGUAUCAUUCCCAUCAGCAUCAUCACCAACAGUAUCAUCAGCAUCACCAACACCACUACCAGUGCCACAGACGCGGCAGAUCCGCUUCGCCGGAGAUGCUACGAAGCUUCAGCUACGAGGAGCAGUCGUCGCAGCAGCAUUCCCCCGGCUCCUCGCCCGAGCCCGACGACAACUCCUCCACCUCUGGCGACGAAGGUGAGUACCAUUUAUGUGACCCAGAUCCGAUGCGUAUUACGAACUCAUCAGCGUGUCCUGGAGCCGCUAACGACGAAAAUGGCCAAAGGUCCAGCUCUGCACACAAUCGUCACUCUCUUACGAAGGAACAAACGAUGCAUUGGUUUGCCCAAAUUGGUUCUGACGAAGAUGCAGAUUUGAGGCGUCGCAGUAGUCAGUUCGAUGAAGACUCCCUCGAUGGCGAUCAUCCAUACGAACACCAAGGUCGAGAGUCGACGGGCGGCGGGGCGAGCGCAAAGGACCUGGACAGGGCGAAGCUGGUGCGCGACAGGCAGAACGAGGAGCGCCAGCGCAAGCUCGAGGAGCUGCGCCAACAGGCCCUCGCGGCCCAGAAAUUCCGAGAGCAGCGCGAGGAGGAGAGGCGCAAGCGCAUCGAGGAGCUCAGGACCAAGGACUACGACAGACGAAGCCAGGUAGAGGAGCGCAAGCGGCUGAUAUGGGAGGCGGAGCGAGAGAGGCGCGAGGCUAUCCUCCGGAAGAACCAGGAACGCGAGGCCCGGAUCGAAGCGAAGCGAAAGAACGAGCGCUCGCACAUCGUCUUCGCGUUCGGCAGCUCGACGCCCCGUAUGCUCGAGCCCGCGGACACCGGCGGCGCGACUUUCUGGGGCACCCGACGAGCCACCUCCACGACCAACGUCAUGAUGUUCUCCGCGGCCCAGCCUCUGACCAGGCGCUCCUCCGAACGCGAACUCGACGGCAGCAAGAAACGCGCCACGUCCGCUGGCGGCCUCGACAGGAAACCCGGAGAAGAUAUGAGAAUGUCCUCGUCCAUGUACGAGGUGUUCAAUUGGAAUUGCACUCCUGAUCCCCCCUUAACUCCUGCGAAAAACAAGAGAGCCAGCCUCUCACUGCCCCCCACGACCGACAUCUUCUCCAUUGACGAUAUGUCAAUGAUCGAUCGUCCGAUGAUACAGCGGGGGGCUAGCGGUGACGAUAACGACGGUACGACGCUAGGCACCCCGGGCUCGGUAGCCGCCGGCUGCGUGACGCGUUACGCAAACCGGCGUCGGACCGACCUGAUGCCGACGAUCCCCUCGCCGAGAGAGAGCAGCAACGGACCUAUCGCCUCGGGUCGUUUAUCCAGCGCCAAGUCGUUCACGCGCAGCCCAGGUAGGACAUACUCGAUGUCGAGGCUGGACCAGCUGGCCCAGCCCCGCAGGCGCACGCCAUCCGCAGCCGCAGCGCCCUCUGCAGCCGAGAGCCUCGCAGCUUCGAGCAUGAGCCGCAGCAUGUCGCACCUAGCUCACGCGGCCUCCGCCGCCAAGGGGACUCCCCAGCAGGCUGGCCAACUUAAGCGCGGCGACAACUCGCGCAGUAUGGGCAACCUGCCGGGUAGCUCGGCCAUUGGCGGCGGUGGCGGCGGCCUGGCCCAUCACCUGAUGCUGCCUCGGCCCACGCGGGCCGAGCGGCUCAGGCGCAAGGCUAGGGAGCAUCAGAAUUACAAUCAGGCAACCAAUGCCGCCAGCCAACACCUCCAGGCUAACGGCUCUCAGCAGACAGGUAUCCGGAGCGGCGAGGCGACGCCGAACAGUCCGUCGCGGCCCCACAGCUCGAUGAGCCAGCAGAGCGGGACAAGCAGUGUGGCCAGCAGCAGUGUGAACCUGCGCCCCCGAACCGGCACCCCGAGGCGUCCAAGGCCCGCCUCAAUCGCCGGCACCGGAGUCAGCGUCUCUUCCUCCGUCGAACGCAACAACACGACGAACGACACGAAGGCGCAGAAGGACUCGAAGCCUCCUCUGCCGAAGGUUCACAGCAGCAGCACGCCGAAGAAGCCGAGCGCGACGUCAACACCAACCUCGGCCAAGUCGGCCAGUGCCUCCACAGCUGAGCGCAAGUCCUCAGCCCCAGGCACGACGAGAAGCGCCCGAGCCUCGCCUCGGGUAACUCCCAGAGCCACGCCUCUGCAGAGUCCGGGUGUAGAGCAUCCGCCCGUCUUGCAGCUUGAUCCCAAGCAAAAGAGCGAGGAAAAGGAGGUGCUUGAUGAGAAGCCCCAGCAGGUCAGUCAAGAGAGCAGAGUUACCGAGCCGGUGCAAGUCGAGGCCAAGAAGGAGGAGAAGCCAGAAGAGCUAGUCGCCCCCGUCAAGGAGGAGGUGGUCGAAGUUGCCCCACAAGCAGUGCUUCCUCCGGUGCAACAGCCUCAGCAGCAGCAGGAGCAGCAGCAACAAGCUCCUGCUCCAGUCGUCGAGAAGAAGGAGGAGCCAAAGGUCGAGAAGAAGUCUCCCGAGCCCGAGGCUCCCGCUUCCGGCGACCUCGAGGAGGUCUGCGACAUGACCGCCUCCAUGAUCCAGAAGAUCCGAAUCACGACCGAGGAGGAGGCCAAGGCUGCCCUGGCUGAGCGCAGAAGACUCGCGAGAGAACAGGCCGAACGAGAAGCUGAACUCGAAAGACAAAGAUUGGAAGAGGAAGCUCGUUUGGAGGCCGAGAGGUUACGCGCCGAGGAGGAGGAGCAGCGCCGCCUCGAGGAAGAAACGUUGCGCCUGGCUCAGGAAGCCCGCGAGGCCGAGGAGCAGCGACUGAAGGCGGCCAUCGAGGAGGCCAAGAAGCGCGAGGAGGAGGACAGGAAGCGCCGCGAGGAGGAGGCCAGACAGAAGCUCGAGAAAGAGGAGGCCGAGCGAAAGGCCAGGGAAGAGGCGGAGAAGCAACGACUCGAAAUGGUCGAGCGUCUCAAGAAGGAGGAGGAGGAGAGGAACGCCAGACGCAAGCGCGUCGAGGCUAUCAUGUCCAGGACUCGAGCAAAGAAUCAAGCCAGCAACGCUCAGAAGGGCGAGGGCAACGACGGCGAAAAGUCGAAGGAGGAUAGCCCCAGCGAGGAGAACAAGCCUGGACCCGGCGACAAGGCUGCCCAGGACCUCAUGACGGCCAGUCUGAUAUCGGAGGCGACUCAGCAGCUGAUAAGCAACGAGCAACGCGCUCAUCAUACCGAUUCGAACAAUUUGCUGAUGGACGAGCUGCCCAGCAACAAUGGCUUGCUGCGCAACGGCGGACACGCCAACGGCAUCGCCGAUUCCUCGGCUAAGCCACAGCAGCAGCUCCUCGAUAACGAAGCCGAGGAGCUCAACGGCCACCACAACAACACGAAUCACGGGAACGGCAUCGACGGACAAACGAUCGCACUCGACAAUGCCACUGUCAAGCAAAACAACGUGACCAACAACCUGUUGGAUCUGUCGGAGUUUGACACUCUGAGCAAUAGCAAUAGCGGCCCGAUUCUGCUGAUGCAGCCGAGCGGCGUCGUCGAGGACAGCCUCAACUCUAAUCUAAAUCCAACUGCGAUACCGUUCACGCCGAGCUUUGGUAUGUCCAACCAGGCCAACACCAAUCCCUUCCAGGACGCCUUCACCAACAACAAGCAGGACAACCAAGUACCAGACCUCCUAUCAUAAGCUAGCCGUUAGAACGUUGCGGUGUCUACUAGAAAACGAAGAUAUAAAGAAGAAGACGGAUCACAGGAAGAAGACGAGAGUCGAAGGGCAAAACGAACUGACGUUGCCCCAAGACGAGACGAAGCAAAGUGAUACGCCCUCGUACAUCUAUCCUUUCUUCUUGCAAAGAAGUGUGUAAAUAAAAUAAUGGGGGGAAGAAGCGAGAAGAGAAGUAACGAGAUACCCGCUAAUGAACAUAGCUAUUAUGGUAAAAUGAGAGUUGCGAGGAUUCAAGAGGCGGCGCGCUUCUUUUGUUUUACGUUUUUUUUUUCUUGCGCGCGAGCGGCUGGAUGAUACGCGCAGGACAGUAGCCUCUCUUCGUGCGCGCGCGUGUCACGUCACUGCAGCGGAAUCCGCAGGAAGUGUAAAAUAAUAUAUAAUGUUAAUUAAUAAUUAAUAAUGGUAAACAAUAAUGAUUAAUAUUAUUAUUAACGCUGGUUAAGAUACAUACGAACGGCGAACUUAGAGAUUCGUACCGUCUCUUGUAGGUUAUACAAAAAAAAAUGCUAACUUGAUGAUAAUUGAGACUAACUUUUUAGUGGAUCUUCUUUUUUUCUUGAUUUCGGAGGGAUAUAUACGACAGAUGAAUCUAUAUAUAAUAUAUAUAUCAAUUUAUCGCGCCUAUCAAAUAUGGUACAGAGUUUCGUUGGAUAUCGUUUUUUUUUUUGCACAUACGCGUUGAAACAGACCCGAAAAAAAGGCGACACCCACGCCCAGAUUUUUUUAUGUUUUCUGUAAUGCUUUUUUGAGACAAAAAAUUAUGUGUUGUAUGCGUUAUUUAUUUAAAUUUUUUUAAAUGUGCAAUCGAGUAAGUUGUAAACUUAAAUCUGUAACUAAUAACAAUGAUGAAGACUUACUCCCAUUUUUUUUAUUUCUUUCAAUGGCUAUAAAGUGUAAUUCUCGGUGUCGCUUGAGCAAUCGGAAUUUUGUACCAAGCCAAGCAUAUUCUGUUUUACAAAGGCUAAGCAUUUUUUCGAGAUAGCUUUGCGUUUUUUAAAUUUGUUCAUUCAUUUUUUAAUUGCAUCCAAUUGUAAAUUUGUUCGUUUGCGUUUCGUCUAUAUCGUCUUUUUUUAUACCGCAUUAUUUUGUAAUUAUGAUAGUCACGAUAAUAAAAAAAAUUUUUGAAGCUGUUUCAUUUUAAAUGUUUAGCCUCCCAUGAAUUGAAUAUAUAUCACAAAGGGUAUAACAAAACCAAUGUAAAGCAUAUUAAGCUUCUUCUUCCAUUAAGUAAUUUCUUUUUUCUUCUUUUUUCGGGGCGUGCGCUCACUAGUCAAGCGAUUUUACUGUUUUUAUCACACUUUGUUCAGAGACUUUAACGAGAGAAAGAUUGAGUGAAUGAGUGUGAAAGAAGGAUGAUUCGAGAAAUUAAAGGAAAACCCCAAUGGAGGUAGACAUUCGAGCUGCAUGAGAAGAGCAAUCAAGGGAAAAGCUAUAUAACCGAGCGGAAAAUUGCAUGAAAUAACUUCGGGUAAUAAUAAGCUAGAUCUUCAUUGUUAAUCGCUAUCUUCUUGAAUUAAGGCAACGUGAAAGUCCACUGUUACCGACUGAGCAGAAAUCCUCAAAUUAUCCUCUCGUUUCUUUUUAUUGUAAGUGAAAUUGUAUUAUUAUGCGCAGUCAGAGUUUAACGCUACCUAGAUUUCAAAACGGAUUCGACGCACUUAAGUCGAACACUUUAAACGUUUGGGUGAUCUGCGAUACUGUAAAUGAAGCCGGUAAUGCGAUUUUCUUUACAAUGAAACGACCGUAAACAAAAAUUCCCCUCGUAGAAUGUGGCUCGAUCGCUAACAGCGUACGUUUUUCAAAGGAUAAUGUAAUAAAUAAAGUACACGAUAACACUGCGAUACUGGCGAUCGCACCUUCGCACAGCCAUUGCAUCAAAAGGGGGGUAAACUCUCACGAACACGAGCACAUACGUGCAGAUUGAACAGAAGUAAAAAAAGAUUGUGCACUCAUGUAUGCACACUCACACACAUACUUUUUUCCGGACGAUCGUUCUGCGAGAUGAUUCAAUAUUUAUUGUAAUGAAAAAUAAAAACGGCAUCUCUUUCACCGAACCCUGCAUCCCGUGUGUAUUUAGCCGAAGUGAAAAGAACUCAUCGACUCUCGCAAUUCGGGAAUUUUUUCAUUCGAAAUAUCAUGCAGAUUAUAAUAAAAGAUGUAUUCGUGAAAAAUUUAUGGCUAUAUAAGCAUACAUGUAUAAAUAUAUAUGUUUUUAUCUUAGACAGUGUAAAGAUUAAAAAAAAAUAAUAAUAAUAAUAAAAUAAAGAUUAAAGUAAAUACAGAAGGCAUUUUAAAAGAUUGGGGGCGAUUGUAAUUUAAAGUUGCGUUACACACGACUACCACAUUAUACUUGUUACGUUUAAUGGCAUUAUGAAUGUGUUACGUGAAAAAUGGGUUGGAAAAUUUUAUUAAAGAGCAAUCGAAUUUAUUGAAAAAGUUGUCCGCGUAUGUGCCCUUUCGUUUUCCUGAAUCAAUCCGAAUUGCAAUGGCAAACAAAAAAUCGCUUUUACAAUAUUGAGAUUCAAUAAAAUUUUCUAACCGGCUAACAUCGAGCUUGCAAGAAACGUUAUACGAUGCGACAUAGUUGCACUGGUGCAUGUCCGUUUGAGCCACGGUUUUUAGUGUUAAAAAAGCGAUUCGCGUGUUAUCGGCUCUACAAGGAUGAAAAAGUAUAUAUUAUAUCCUCACACGUUGUUUCGUUUUUAAGAUUAAGUGAUUGUACUGAUAUAAGAUAUGUUGGGAAUUCGAUCGUUCGAAGGGCGUGUUGAAGAAUCGAAGCACGAAUCCCGUGAAAGAGAAUUGUGUGAUGGUAAUUUAGAAAAAAAAAUUCUUUUAAUUAAACGAAUUCGUUCGACGUUUUGUUUACGUGUAUUCAUUGGAUUAUUCAAACGCGUAUUUGACGAAUAUUACCGAAAAACGUUUCUCGCUCAACAGAUUAUGAAUAUAAAUGGAAAGUAACGAGUACACAGCGCGAUGAGUCACACCGUAAGCAUAAAACAGCCAUUGAUAUAUCAUUUCGCAAUGUGAUACACGUGGAUAUCGUGCGUUACACCCAGAGAACAUAAUACUCAUCGCAUACUACGAGCAAAUUCGACUGUAUAAACACAAUUUAUGUAAUCGAGCGUACAUAAUUCUCUCCUAGGGAUAUAAACAUUGGUGUAUUAGGUGCUGAGUCAUUUUUUCAUAAAUAAUAAAUGUCUGUUUCGAAAGGCAUAGGGGAAACGAGCGAAGGUUCAUUAUGAAUCACAGUCCGUUCGACUAAAAUCACAGUCUCGAUGUCAACUGUGGACGACAAUUAUACAACGUCGCAUAUAGACACACACGUACAUUUUUGCGAUAGCUCACUGUACUCUGUUUGUCUUUCCAACAUCCCCGCGUGCAUGAGGGCGACGUAACUGUACGCGAACAAAAAAGAGUAUAACCGGACGUCGGCGUUUGAGCGAAAAAAAGGGGUAUGUCCCUCCCGGCAAACAUAUAAAAGAAAGAGCAAAUACAUAUGUAUAAACGCAAUCAUUGCACUCCCACUGCCCUCGUACAUGUGAAACAAUUGAUUGCCUUCGUCGGGUGAAAUUUAAUUUUCCGUUUUUGUUUGCGUAUUUUUUGCUUUCAACCGACGCGUUUGGUUUUUUCGCUCCGCGAAAAUAGCGGAGGGAGAAACGAUACGACGAUGGAUAGGUAUACAGACACAAAAGAGUCUCCUUCCCCCCCCCCCCGCGCAUCAGGCUCGUUUUCGACUUUCAUUAGCGAUUCGAAAUUCACAUAUAACAGAGAGCAAUAUCAAUAUUGUACGCGCUUGCGUUUUUCAAUCCGACGUACACAGCUGUGCGAGUUUAGGGAUCAGCGAAUGUUGUUGCAAUUGCUUUUUUUUCAAUACGGCGUCGACGCGAGAACAUUUAAUAUUACCAGACAUGCCUAAAAUACUUCAUAAUGUAAAAAACAAUGCUUGUAUGUAAUAAAUACUUAAUAUCAAUCGUAA